AUUGCCUUGAGAAAGAACAGGAGCGUUCGCGACUUCCCUCAAGAACCGAAACUGUGUUUAUACACCCAACCAAAACAUCCGCCAAAGGGCAUAACUCGGAUUAAAUCGAUGGCGAGGAAGAAAAGCAAGCAGCAGGGCGUCGGGGUCAAGGAUAUAGUGUCGGGACAGCAGCAGCAGAGCCUGUCGAAGAAGCCCGGCGAUGCGGGAGCAGCAGCGGCAGGCGGCGGCGCUGGCGGUGGAGGAGAUGCAGUAGCGGGCAGGACCAGCCAGUCCAUGCACACCUGCUGCUUGCUCUGCCAUCGGGAGUUUAAAGACUGGGGGGCGGGCCAGGUGAAUGGGCUCAGUCACGGGUCCAAACUGGCGGAGGCUGUUCCUGCUCUGUCCUCGGCGCUGCUGAGGGAGGUUCCGGGCCACAAGCUGGCAGACGCAGUGCCUUCACUCUCUCAGUCGCUGUUGGGUGAGGUGCCGCUUUGGAUCUGUCAGAGCUGCAGGAAGAGCGUGGAAGAGGAGGAGAGGAGAACGGUUCAGGAGCAAACCACGCAGGUACCGCUUUCCCACUCCUUGUGUAAGUCUCAGAGCUGUGGGAAUGGUUAUCCCGAACAUAGUUCAGUGGAUUGGGACCCCAGUUCCUUCCUCUCCGCACGCAAACUGUCUGGCCUGUGGAAUUCCGCUCAUUCUAAUGGAGGAUCUCACUGCAACCACAGCACGCCUAUGCUUUUACAGGGUGGAACAUUGGGAUCAGCUUGCCACGAGAAGAGAUCUUCUCAUGACGCUCCCGGGAAGGCCACCAAAACAUCCGCGACCAAAGUUUGUCCCUACAGCCAUCCUGCAUCCCAGAAUUCUAGUGGGGCAUCUCCUGAGACACUGUCUGCCUCCACUGAUCUAUGUAAGACCAACCCCAAGCACUUCAAGACAAUGUGUCGACGACCAACUCCUCCAGGAGAAGCUUUCCACCCAAGCGACCACCACCAAGCUGCAGACCUGUCAGUGCCGCCCAACAGUCCCACGGGUCUCUCCCAGUAUUCCUCACUGCUGCCUCCCAAGCAAAACUCCAGUCAGCAUGUUCACAUCAACUCCGCUAGUUCGGGGCUUGCUUCAAAUGCUCCCUUCUCCCCGCUUGUACCGAACAUUCACGCUCCUUCAGCCAAGCACUCGAGUGGGCCGGACAGUCCUGUGGCCCUCCACAAGCCCAGUACUUGCAAGAACUCCCACAUUCCUGCUGUUAAUACGCAACACAGUAAACUCGGCAACUCGCUCAUAGGUUGCAGUCACCCUUGCAAUGGACACAGUAACGGCAGCUCUAUAGCCUCCUCCAAUGCUGGACAUCUAACAUCUGGGACGUGCAGCAGGGACCAGGCAUGUAAAGGGCACAAGUUGCCCAAUGGGUCGUUGUGUCACGCGCCGCCCUGUGAGCUUGAAGAAGGUGAGGAUGAAGACAGCAGCUCAGAGCGCAGCUCCUGUGCAUCCUCCUCCACCAAUCAGAAGGAUGGGAAAUACUGUGACUGUUGCUACUGCGAGUUUUUCGGCCAUAAUGCGCCUCCGGCUGCCCCCACCAGCCGGAACUAUGCUGAGAUCAGGGAGAAGCUUCGGUCCAGACUCACCCGGCGUAAAGAGGAGAUUCCUCAAAGGCAGGAUCUGGACCCAGCAGCACAGAGUGCCAUAGACCAUCGAGACGUGGACGAACUCCUGGACUUCAUCAACAGCACAGAGCCCAAACCUGUCAACAGUGCCAAGGCAGCCAAACGUGCCCGUCACAAACAGAAGAAAAAGGAGAAAGAGAGGGCUCUGCAGGAAAGCACUGAGGCCACCAGCAGUGAACCCCGCUCUGUAUCUCCUCCAGAUCCCAUAGAAGAUUCCAUACCGGAUGGGGAGGCGAACAGACUGUUGGAGUGGCCUCAGCUGGAGCUGGAGAGAGUUAACAGUUUCCUGACCAGCCGCCUGGAGGAGAUCAAAAACACCAUCAAGGACUCUAUCCGUGCCUCCUUCAGCAUGUACGACCUCAACCUGGAUGUAAAUGACUUCCCCAAGAAGGCAGCCACACUGGAAGGCAACCACCUGCUGUCUCACCUCAACGGAUCUUCUGAUCUGCAGCAGAUUGACUUGGAUCUGGCACCGCUCUCACUUAAGAACUUCAAGAGAGAUCUGGAUAUAGUCAAUGGUUGGGAGGACACCACCACUGCUGCUAAAGACAUCCAGAGGCUCCACUCCACACCCAGUUUGUCCAAGCUCAUUCGAGUACGGUCCCCAGAACGAUGCUCUGCCACAGGAUCCGAGUCCACCCAGCCUGGCUGUACUAAUGCAGCCAAGCCCAAGGAGGAAGCCCAUGAAACCAAAACAUCAACUGGGGCUGGAUCCAAGAUGAGGAAAGGUAAGAAACAACAGCAGAAUCAGCGACAACAAGACCUUUUAACUCAGGAGCAGGCGGCCAGUACGAAAACUGUUAAAACUGAGACGCUAAAGGUGCAGGAAACAAGGGCAGCAGAUUCUGAUAAGAGCACCAAGGGUGGAUCCAAACAGAACAACCAGACUCAGCAGCAAGCAGACUCGCAGAAAACAGGGAGCAUGCGGUCAGAAGAGGGUAAAACGUGUAAGCAGACGUCCAACGUAGCCUCGAAUGGUCAUCAUAGUACAGGGUUCAACUCGCAGAGAGGGAAGUGGUCGGAGCAAGAUGUAGACACUAAAACCAUCUCCAACACUCCCAAUGCACAGCAGCAAGCACCCCAAUUGAAGGGAAAAAGUAAAAACAAGAACAAAAGCAAGACGGAGAAGUCAAAUAAAGCAAUUGAUGAUGUGUUUCUUCCCAAAGACCUCGACCCUACAGAAAUGGAUGAGAUCGAUCGUGAAGUUGAAUAUUUUAAAAGGUUUUGCCUUGAUUCUGCUAAACAAACCCGACAGAAGGUGGCCGUGAACUGGUCCAACUUCAGCCUCAAAAAGAUGCCCUCAAAUGCAGCUCAGUAACAGAUAGGUGAUGGUAAACAGACCCCCUCCCAGCAAGACUGUACUUUAAACCAGUUUGGCCUUUGGUUACUGUACUUGACACUCAAAGGUUGUUCACUCUCCCAACACUUUCUGCUUCUAAGCCACGGGACCUUGAUUUUCACCACCGAUCAUCCAACGUCUUUUUAUUUGAUCUGUUGUUAGCGUGGGGUUGCACAGCAUUUUGAUCUCAGUCAUAAAAUCUGCAUCUUGUUCUUGCAUAACUCACUAAAAGACAUUUGGGUACCAAUCCGAUGCAUCUAUAUAUUUAGUAUGUACACCAUGAUUUUACAAGAAAAACAUUUUAAGAAAUUUGACCUAUAUCAACACUUUUAUAAUCUCUUUAUGUGGUUAAAAAGUUACUUCUGGUUUAAAAUUCACAAUCAUGCAUUUUUUUAGACACCACUCACCCUGAAAAUAUACUGUAGUCUUAGAAUAGAUGCAAAAAAACAAAAAAAACCAAAGCUCAAGUUGCUGUAUCAUGUCUGAUUUUCGCAAUGGAGGUAAAAGUCAGCAAAGACUUGUGUUCACUGAUGUGUUUUAGUUUGUACAACUGUCAGCUGGAUACAUUUUUAUACUAUACCCUUCACAUUCACAGUCAGAUUUGUAAGGCUGAGUGCUGUGCUUAAUAUGCAGCUGUGAUAGUUUAAAUGCACAAACGGUGAACUGUGCACAUGGACUUUAAAUCCAUUAACAUGAACAAGAUUAAUUGACCUAUGCUACAAUGUAUGACUUGUGAAAAGAAACAUGUUUUCAUUACUUUGGACAUUUUCAGAGAAAAAUAAUCAACACUAAAUGAACUGAUUUUUAAAGAUCUGUAUACGUUGACUGUCACUUUUCUAAAAGGAGAAUAUGAGCUGCGUUUCCCUUGCAUGAUGCGUAAAACUGACAAGAAUAGGCUACUACUAAACUGUCCCCUGUCUUUCCACUCCAUAAAAAAUGCUGUUCCAACCUGAGUGUUGGCAAGAUUCCCUGACUGAAAUCUCAUGUUGGUAUACCUGCUGAUCCUCCCAUGUUGUGGUUUGGAUAUAGUUCUGUGCUGUGACCACGUCCACAAUGCUGUUGUAAGUUUUGGAAGUGCAACAUCACUCUUGUUUUUCUGCAUGAUGGUAUCAGAGCUGUUCUGAUACAUCCAGACACUUGCAGCAGUUCUGCUUGUGUAGUUUGAGUCCAUUGGUGCGUAACAAGUUCAGACAUGUCUUUGUUUUUAACCUUCUUUUUUCCUAAAUAUCAUACAUUUUAUGAUGAUUUAAGGGGUUUUAUGAUUCUCCUCAAUGGUACAUCAUUUGUACAUCUUUUUUUUUGUCCUAGCCAUGGCAUUAUGUUCUGCAUAUUUUAUUGCACAUGUCCCUGACGUUGAGCCCCUUCUGGUGUAAAAUCCAAACUAUCAAUAUGUUGGAAAUUAGGGUCUGGUAUAUGUUAAACAACAUAACAUUUUCCAUUGAAGGAUUGCGAUGAAAAUGAUCAUUUUUAAAUCUGUUUGAGGUUUUUGUUUUCAUAUUUUUCCAUGUCUUUGACUUUAUCCAGGUUAUAAUAAACUAGAAACAUUAUCUUUAAACAUCUGGAAUGUAGAUUUAUACUAUACCAUAUAUGGCCAAGUGUAUGUUGGCUUUGUUUUAUUUUUUUGUUUUUUAUUAUUAUAAUAAUUAUUGUUAUUAUUCACUUUUGAUACUGUGAAAAUCUUUCGUGCUGAAAGAU